CCACCCACCCAAUCCGUGCUAGCCACCUGCGCAUCCAAAUAUUUUCACGGCCUCUUACUCUCUAGGCCGGGUGGAAGGGUCAUUGAGCAAUUGGCAGUGACCGUCACCGAUAUUUGAACAAUCGUUUAUAGGACAAUCAAAACAAUUGAAGAGGGGAAAAAAUAAUUUUUUUAUUUAUCCAAUUUUUUGACUUUUACUCGAUAAUUUUACUUAAUUUAAAAAAAAAGGGAAAAAAGUAAGAAAAAUUUUUUUAAUGCUUCCCUUCCUCAAUUACCUCAUAAAUUCCCCCUUACUCUCCCCUAAUCGCCUAUUAUUCCUAUUUAUUAUUCAACGGGUAUUGGCUCAACAACAACAAUUUUCUUUGUAUUCCCGGCACGAUAUUGUUGAUAAAACGGUUAAGGCAGCAGAAACUUUCCUUUCAGCCCAGGAUUUGGAAAACAUGCCGGAAAGGGAAGUGGACUUGCGAGAACUGGGGAUAAGGGUGGAGACGGACCCAACACUCGGCACACGUAAUAGAGGCGAUAUAGCAGAACUACCGCCUUCUCUCCGUCCCCAAUUUGAUGCCAACGGACUUGCGCGGAAUUCAAUAAAACAGCCCUACAGGAGAUGGCCUCGGAAUGAAAUUCCAUAUGCUUUAAGGUUUUUAAAUUUAAAAAAAUUUAAAUUAAUUUUUAAAGUUCCCAAUACGGCGCUUAUUCUCGUUCAGUUAUUGCUAAAGCUAUGGAUGAAAUUUGUGCCAAGAGACCUUAGAAGGCAUCGAGAUUAUGUAUAUAUUCACCCAGAUGACGGUUGUUAUUCCUUGGUUGGCAGAACAGGCGGUAAACAACCGCUAAGUUUGGAUAGCGGUUGUAUUCAGGCAUUAAAUUAAACUUAGAAAAAUGAAAAAAGUUUAAAAGGUCGGAACUGUUGUGC